GCUUAGUUAGCUGUUAAUUUGUUAAUUUGUUAUAAAAACCCAUGAACAUGGACUUUAAGAACAGUAAUAAGAUGGCAGAACAUAUACAAGUUCUCUUGCAUACAAAAGACCCAUCAAACAGAAUGUACAUCCUCGCACUUGCACUUACAACUCAUACCUUCUUUAAAAUUAAAGUAUCGUCUCCCGAAGAAAUCAUAGAACGAAGCAUCAAACGUAAUUAUAAAAGCCCUUUAAAAAACGCAUAUAUGAUUUUUAUGACUGAUUGUAGCGAGGCAUUCAAAGAUGCAAAAUCAGAAAAGAAAUUUCGUCAAAACUCUGAAUGUUUUAAGGAUUUUCCGUCACUUUGGAAAAUAUCUCCACAAGAAGUCAAAGACGUAUAUGAACAAGUUCUUGCAAGCUAUAGGAAAUUAAAACCGAUAAGCCAAAAUUUUUUUGAAUUUCAUCCUCAAAAUAAUGCGAAUGAAUCACAAGAAAAUACUGCAGAUCAAGCAACGAGAAUUAAUUGUUGAAAAUACUGUUGACAAUUAUGACUGUCAACAAGAGAAAGAUGGAACGAAAUUUCGUCUACGGUUUACCGGCUGAAAAAAUUAAAAUUGGUUAAGUUAUGUUAAUCGUUAGUUAAGUUAGUCAACAUUCGAAUUCCCUAUUCGUUACACUUUUUCCUACAAUCUCUUCUAUUCGUAUUUUCCUAAAAUCUGAAUUUCACAUUUAACUCGAAUACCCAAAAUCUGAAUAAACUAGUUAGUGAUAUUGUAUGUUAUACGAACAUCCGACUAUGUAUAAUUAUGUAUAAUAAUAAAAUUUUCAUGUUUAGAAUUUAGAUACCAUGAGGUUGAUCGUGUCCAUUGUUAAUGUUAUAUACAUCAAUCACUAAGCCUUUUUUUAGCAAAGAAAUAAUUUUUUAGCAUUGAAAACCACAAAAAGUGGGGCAUACUUAUUUAUUUAUUUAUUGACGUUUGUGAC